CAUUUUCAAAUAAUUAUAUUAUAAAAAAGCUUGUUGAGAUGCCUUUUCCGUUCAGAUCCUCAAUAUCAUUUUGUAGAUCUUUAUUUCAUUUCUCUUUUCUAACUCAAUAUCAAGUUCCGUACAGAAUUAGUAGCAGUUUUCACACCAAAACAAGAACUACCCCAUUUCUCUUAUCCAUGGCUCCGCCUUCUAUCUUAAGGGACGGUGAAAAUGGUUCUGAAAGUGGUUUAGGUGAAAGUCAUGGUGAUAUCAAUUGGGAAGGACUUGGAUUUAGUUUAACACCAACAGAUUACAUGCAUGUCAUGAAAUGUUCAAAAGGAGGAAAGUUUUCACAAGGGUCAAUCGUUCGCUAUGGAAACAUUGAGAUUAGUCCGGCGGCGGGUAUAUUGAACUACGGACAGGGAAUCUUUGAGGGACUAAAGGCAUAUAGGACUCAAGAUGGGCGUAUUCUUCUAUUUCGACCUGAAGAGAAUGCUCUACGGAUGAAGAUAGGGGCUGAGAGGUUGUGUAUGCCAUCGCCAUCGGUUGAGCAGUUUGUUGAUGCUGUUAAGCAAACAGUUAUUGCCAAUAAACGUUGGAUACCUCCUACAGGGAAAGGGACGCUUUAUCUUAGGCCAUUGCUGAUGGGAACAGGAGCUGCAUUAGGCGUGGCUCCGUCACCUGAGUACACAUUUCUCAUUUAUUGCUCUCCUGUGGGAAACUACCACACGGGUGGAGCACUAAACUUAAAAGUUGAGGAUAAAUUGUAUCGAUCAAUAGCUGGUAAUGGUGGAACAGGAGGAAUCAAGAGUGUUACCAAUUAUGCCCCGGUAUAUGCUUCAACAACUAAAGCAAAAGCCAAUGGAUUCUCUGAUGUCUUGUUCUUGGACUCAGCAACUGGAAAAAAUAUUGAGGAGGCAACUGCAUGCAAUAUAUUUGUUGUGAAGGAAAAUGUUAUCUCAACUCCGGCAAUAGAUGGAACCAUUCUACCUGGGAUCACACGAAAAACCAUCAUAGAUAUUGCCAUGGAUUUGGGUUAUAAGGUUGUGGAACGUUCAAUAUCAGUGGAGGAAAUGAUCAGUGCUGAUGAAGUGUUCUGCACAGGAACUGCAGUGGUUGUUACCUCUGUUGCAUCUGUAACAUAUAAGGAGACAAGAGCUGAAUAUAAAACAGGAGCAGAAACAUUGUCUGAAAAGCUACGAGGAAUACUGGUCGGAAUACAAACAGGGGGUGUCGAGGACAAAAAGUCAUGGACAGUUCAAGUAGAAUGAGCAUUGGCGUCGCCUCUGUUAAAUGAUAAUUACUUGUCAUUGUUAGUUUCUUCUUAAUCAUCAUCAAUGGUAUGUUUGGAUUUCAGUUGCAAAAGUACAGGUAAAUGGUUGGGUAGUCCAGAGAUAUGUUUAGUGGAGAAAAGGAACUCUGUUCAUGCUCUAUGUCCAAAUUUCCAUUGUAGCAAAACUUAUAGCACCAAGUUAUUGAAUGCAACUUGCAUUUGAAUCUGCA